AUGAUGAUCACAACCGCCUUCCUCUCCUGGCCCACAGCCUACUUCCUCCAGCUCCCCUCCCUUCCCCUUGGUCCGCCCCCCGCGCGCCCACUCCUCUUCAUCCGCGGCAUUGCAGGCGCAAUCGGCAUAUGGGGGUUCUACUACUCCCUGCGGAGUCUCGCGUUAUCGGAAGCUAGUAUUAUAAACUUCCUUUCACCUACACUCGCUGCGCUGCUGUUAUCCCUCCUCCCCUCCUCCUCUACCUCGAGCUCGGGGAUCUCCCUCGCACAGCUCGCCGCAGGAGGGAUCUCGAUGGGCGGCGCAGUCUGCGUGCUGCAGCCCUGGAUCACGCAACCCGAGGUGGGAGGUGGACACCGCGCGCUCGCCAUCCUCGCAGCAGUGGUCGGCGUCGCGGGCGGCGCCGUAUCCUACGUCGCGAUGGCGCGGCUGGGGGACAGCGUGCACCCCGCCCACACGCUUGCCUACUUCUCCACCACCACCGCGGUGCUGAGCGCCCUGCUCAUUCUCGUCCAGUGGCAGCCGCUGCACCUUCCGUCCGCCCCGAUGCAAUGGGGUUUGACUCUUCUGUUAGGCGUCCUAGGCUUCGCCAUGCACUGGCUUAUGACCGCCUCCCUAGCGCAGGCCGACGACGCAAAACGCCCGUUGAACUUCGUAUAUACGCAGAUGGUGUUUGCAAUGGUAGCAGAUAGAGUGGUGUGGGGUGUCGGGUUCGACGUGUGGAAGUAUCUGGGCGGAGCGCUGAUUAUUGCGAGCGCAGUGUUUGUUGCGUCGACGGCAGAGAAAAUGAGCCACCAGUAUGCGCUCGUGGAUGGGCAGGGUGCGGCGGAAGAGGAUGAGGUGGAGCUUGAGAUGGGAAAAGAGCGGGCGGACGUGGCAGUAGCGAAAGACGUCGAGCCGUGA